AUGUUCAAAACUCUUAGCUAUCAGCCGAUAUACAAAUACAGGGACUUGACUUCCCGAGGCAGCUUCCUACUGAUCGGUUGGGAUCACAUCGGCCAAUUCAUCAACACAGGGUUAUUGGCCCUCAUCGGCCCAUCAGCAGGCACCAUCAACUAUGGCCUGUUUGUAUUGUCAGGCCUCUCAGUGUUGCAUUCCAUCUUUGAUUUUCAAACACCUGGCACGUCUGCCCCAGCUCCUGCCUCUGACAAACCAGGCAUGUCUUCCCCUGGUGCCUUGGGGUCCAACCACCAUCCAGACACACAGCAGAUUGUUAGUACUCUGGGAUCACAGAAGCAUCUGACGAAAUCACAAGAGGGCAAAUUACAACUCCAGGCCCAAGGAAGAGCUGCCAUUCUGCCAACUUGGCCAGGUGAUGCCUUCGUUUUUGGCCCGGCCCCUGUGUUUGUGUACACUCAAGAGAGGAUAACACCACACCCACCACCUUCGACUGAAUUGUUGGACUUGGAUCCAAACUCCCCACAUGCAAGGGGUUUAUGUCACAAAUACAAUAUCAAGGUUCUGUCUGAUGAUAGCAUUGGUGAUUGCACCGGUGUGGUAGCCAAGGUCGUUCAGCAAUGGAUGCUACUUUAG